AUGGGGAAAGCCCAGUCAUAUAUCCAUCUAAAGCCUGCUAAUCUUAUUCUAAAAUCGACAAAUAAACGGAAUGUAGCAAUUGCAAGCGAAAGUCAUUCUAGAGGCAAUCACACGCCUAUGUUAAGGGUGCAUUUGGAAAAGUUUCCGAGUUUCAUUGGACACUCAAGUAGCAGGAUUAAUAGGAGAUUUAAUGAAGACACCUAUUCCAUCAACAUGCUGAAAAUGCCAGCAUCUGGAGACGAGAUUUCCUGUCUGAGAAAUGAGGCCAUAAUCGAUAAGGAAGCGUACUGGCGCGAUAUGCUUCCGCUGAAAAAAUCAGUGCUCAAUUUGUCUAUAUUCGACGGUCAUGGUGGUAGCCGUGUCUCAAAGCUACUAGCAAAUGAAUUACAUACUGAAUUGGUUAAUACAUUCCCAUCCCUGGAGAGAUUUUACCACAUACUGCAUGAGUAUAGUGAAUUAGUUGGGGGGAAAUAUUGGUCCAAAAUCUACAAUCGACGGGAAGAGUAUCACAGAAAAUUCAUAACCAGCUGCAAUACAAAGCAGGAACAAGUCCUAUUUGAAUCAGGAAACUCAGGAGCGCGCAUGAUUUUUGACAAGUGGGGUAACAUUAUCGACAAAACUAGUUUGUUAACGGAAAACGAACGACUUAGAUUGUUUCUGUCUUACAUGAAAUUUGACUUAGAGAAGUGCUGUGGAUUCAACAUUGAACCAGGAAAUACGGAAGAUACCGUCUCAAAUUUUCCGGGGGGCUCAACUGCUUCAAGCUUAUUUGUAACGUCAUAUGAAGAAGCAGAUUCUUACGAUGAAACAUUUUUUGUGAAUCCAGACGGCCUACUUAAGCUGGUAGUUACCCAAGUUGGUGACACGAAGAUCAUCUUAUGCGAUAAAAAUGGCAUUGCUCACAGUUUAACGAAAGUCCAUCAUCCUUCUUCUAGUCGAGAGUCUCGUCGUUUGGGGACCGAUUUUCAAACCGAUUCUUUCGGCGAUACGCGAUUUCUCGAUAACUUUGCAAAUACUAGAUCAUUUGGCGACAGGGUCGGUAAGCAGGAAGGGCUCUCAUGCGAGCCCGAUAUUUAUUCCUAUUUAAUAGGGAGUACGCGUCUUCUACCACAUUCAGAAAUGAGUAAAUUACAAUUUGGGGGAGAUGAGUGUUUUAUAUGCUUAAUAACUGAUGGCGUUUCCGAUCUCAUGAGUGACCAAGAGCUUGUAGAUUUGAUUACUUCGACAGUCAAUAUGCGAGGACUCAAGAACGCCACCCCACAAUUUGUCAGUGAUGAAGUGAUCAAGUUUAUAGCUGCUAUAGGAGGCAGACAUGCUGAUAACGCUACUUGUCUGGUUCUACGCCUACCCAAUUGGGGUAAUUGGCCAGUAAUGGACCGCACAGGCGCAAUUAGGGAAGAGAAACUGAUGUCAGGUGCUUCUGGAAGCGACCGAUCCGACGUUUAG